UGGCCAAUGCGCACAAAGCCCUUUCUGUACCCUCUCUCUCUACUGUAUUCAGAUACGAGCCUUUGUGCACCAUUACGACGCGACCCCAAUGGCCUCGUAGCAACAGUACAGUUCAGGGCCGUUCACACACAGACCGCUCGUCUCGACAUGCGUCCUGGACUGGCGGGUAUAGCGGCGGAGAUGCUGAGUGGAGCUACGUGCAUGGCCAGGCCGAGGCUCGGCAGCCUCCUGCUGGCCCCCCUCACCAAAACACUGCCGCCGAUGUCAGGCACCGGGAGCCACCGAUUCCGGUCCACGUCCUCCAUGCAGGGUUUCUCAGAGAUGGCCAGGGAGAGGUCGAAGACUGUCACGUCUUUUUACAACCAGUCCGCUAUUGACGUGUCCGCAGAGAAGGCCUCAGUCAGACUGACCUUAGCCACCCUGCUGUACUCUGGGAAGUCUCCUGAUGGACACCACAUCUUGAGCAGUGCCAAGUACCUUCAUAAGGAGCUGCCUGUAAGAAUCGCCCACCGCAUCAAGGGUUUCCGUAGUCUGCCCUUCAUCAUUGGCUGCAACCCGACCAUUCUGCAAGUGCACGAGCUCUACAUCAGAGCCUACCACAUGCUGAGCGACUUCCCUCCGAUCAAGGAUCAGGACGUGGAGACCCGUUUCUGUAAACUGGUGCAGCAGCUGCUGGACGACCACAAAGAUGUGGUCACCAUGCUGGCCCAGGGCUUCAGGGAGUGUCGUAGACACAUUCAGGAUGAGACGAUCCUCCGUAACUUCCUGGAUACGACGCUGUGCUCUCGUCUGGGGAUCCGAAUGUUGGCCACGCACCAUCUCGCCCUCCAUGAAGACAAUCCUGACUUUGUGGGGAUGAUAUGCAGACGUCUGUCCCCGAAAAAGAUCAUCGAGAAGUGGGUGGACUUUGCCAGGCGUCUGUGUGAGCACCAGUACGGCAACUCGCCCAGAGUGAGGAUAAACGGACACGUCGCUGCUCGCUUCCCCUUCAUCCCUCUGCCUCUGGAUUACAUCUUACCCGAGCUGCUCAAGAACGCCAUGAGGGCCACCAUGGAAAGCCAUCUGGACACCCCCUACAAUGUGCCCGACGUGGUCGUCACCAUAGCCAAUAACGACAUUGAUUUUGUCAUCAGGAUCUCAGACCGUGGUGGCGGCAUCCCUCACAAUAUUAUAGACAAGGUGAUUGAAUAUCACUUCAGCACGGCUGAGGAGAGCGCACAGGAUCCUCGCAUGAGCAACCUCUUCAACAACAUUACCAACAGUGGAAACCAGUCCAGCCCCAUGCAUGGGUUUGGUUUUGGUUUGCCCACGUCCCGGGCGUACGCGGAGUACCUGGGCGGCUCCCUGUCCAUACAGUCUAUGCAGGGCAUCGGCACUGAUGUCUACCUACGUCUGCGCCACAUCGACGGCAAAGGAGAGAGCUUCAGAGUGUAAAGACAGCAUCCUUAUAGAUCCUAGCCCAGGGAGCAGGCCUGCAGAAGCACAGAGGGUUUCCCACCAGGAGGCUGACAUGGACUACAGGACUUUGGUCCACAAAGUGAUAGUCUACACAGUAUGUUGUCUGAAAGCUCCUAAAUUCACCUAUCCACUACUUUUCUUUUUGUUCUCUUUGGCCUUAGACUGAUUAUAAGCUAUGUUAGCUCUCUAGUUGAUGAUUUUGGUUGUUUUUCCUGUUUGUUUUUGUACCCUGUGGCAUGUCGUUCCAGAAUUUUAAGGGUUGUAUGAACUUUUGAAUGUUUAGGUUAUCGGGACAAACGGUGCAUGACAGCUGGCAUCAAUGUUACAAAGGAAAAACGGAUAGCAUUAAAAAAGAACUUCAGUUUUAAAGAAGUUCAAGUUACUUGUUGUAUAGCCGCAAAAAAGUAGGAAUAUGUGUUUUUGAUGACAGAAGGUUUCAAAUGAAGCUUCUGGGACACUCCAGCUUGUCAGACUCUCCUCAAAGUGCACAAAGCUGCUGACGUGAAACAUGAAGAUCAUAGUUAGAUCAUCCAUUUUUCCACUUCCUGUCAUAGUCAGAGGUCUGGAAGGGAGAGCUGCUUCAGCGUCCCCGUAUUAGCAUGUGCUGUAAACCCUUAAUCAUCCUCUCCAAACAAAGCCUUCUCUGAGUCUGGCUGCGGCUGAAAGAAGCAGAAGAAAACUGCCAAAACACCCGGAGCUCAUUAAGCGGUGUCUGUCUCCUCGCUCAGAGGACACUCGCAGUGACGGACGUCUUUGUUCGGCGUUGUUUUUGUGGAGCUUUCAGGCAGGGACGUUCAGAUGCCUUACUGUGUCUUUCAACUGCAUGCCGACUUUGUCUUCACAUCCUCUUUUCGAUGCCUUCGUCGCUCCGUGUGGGCUCACGCUGUGUCGCUCACUUUCUUUGAUUUGAUGUCAGAUUUUGUUUUUUGUUUUUUGUUGCACAUUCGUAGAUUUCCCCCGUUUAUGAUGUAAUGCUCAUCACUUGCACCAAUCAUAUUAGCUUAUGACUUUAUUGUAACAACGUUGAGAAUAAGAAUAUACCAGAGAAGUAUUGUCUAAUAUCGUCUUCUUUUUCUGUUUUAUCUGACUUUAGUUCUUUUUGUAGAAGUGUGUCACUUGUAUUUCAUUUGAUGUGUUUUGUAUAAAACUACAUUUCAGGAUAGGUCAACAGCAGGUUGUCUGCACGGUUAUGUGUAGAGGUUCAGAUGGGCCCGGGUUUCUGAUCAUUUAAAGGGACAGUAUCUUCUGAUCACAACUUGAUUAUGUCAUUUAGAAAUUAAGAAAACAAAUGUGUAGAUUUACAAUUCCAUUCAGUCCUCAGAUGAUUUUGCUAAUCCAACACAAAAAGAUUAAUGGAGUUAGCUCACAGACUGUAUAAAUAAUGGAUGACGUCACCCAGCUGUUCCUGAACGCUGUUUUGAAGCCCAUUGUCGGUGGGAGCCAUACUGGAAACGCUGAACUCAACCAAACAUAGUGUGAGGUAAAGAGGCGGGGUUUGAGCCUCCUAGCCAACAGCUAUGUGUUCCUGCCUGUCAGUCAAGUCAGUCAUGUCCUUAUUUGGGCAAAAACUUGUAAUCUUAAUAUCUUCUGAACGGUCGUGUUAGAAAUAAAUCCCCCCCGUUCAGUGUGUGCUGAUAGAGAAAUGAGCUACAUAGACUGAAGCUGUUUUUUGAACCAGGCUGUAAACAUGUUUAUUUCUGCUGUAAAGAUCAUCUUCUAUGAAUGGGUGUGUAUGUGGUUUCCUGUGUUUCUGCAGCCAGCCUCAAGUGGAUUCUCAAUGAACUGCAGUUUAUAACACUUCCACACGGGCUUCAUAUGAGACUGGAGGUUGCCGCUUGAGUUAGCCGUAAGAAUAAUUUAAAAACAAAUCCUUCCUUCUCUUUUUUGUAUCUGAAUAUGUGGACAGCUUCUCCACAAAGUGGGCACAAUGUUUUCAUUGUCUGUUCCAUGAAUUUAAGACGAUGAUGUCAGGGUGCUCGUGUUGAAAACAGUGUUUUAAAUGCUGCCACGUUUCCCGACCGACACUUCACUUUCUCAUCAUUUCAUUCAUAAAAAUCAAGUACGAACACGAUCUUUAUAUUCGUUGUUUAAACCUGUGAUUUCACAACAUCCCAUAUUAUCUUUUGAUAUCAGUUUCUGUACUCUCUAAAGUAUCAGAAGUCAUUCCUCUUGACUCAAAGAGAAACACGAGUGCAGCAAAAACUGAAUCCAUCUUGUGAUUCUUUGUGAUCAUUAAUGGAACUGUUUCUCUUUAACUAAAUGACAAGUAAUCAAGUUGUGUUCCCAGAAAGUCGUCCUGGAAAUGAUUAGCAGAACCUGAGCCACUCUGAGUCUCUACUUAAUAACAUAUGGGUCAAAAUAGAGUCAGUACCACGUGGUUUAAGAACUUGCCCCUUGUGAAAGCACUCCUUCAGCACGUUUAGUUGAACAUUCCCAAAUGAGCUUCAGACCUCGAGGAGAAAACCCCGCCUGAACGGAUCUGCUCGGAGCGGGUUGUCAUGAUCCUAGCUUACUCUGUUAUCUUUCUUUGCAGGAUGGGCUUUGGGAUCUUAAGCUGUAAUUAACAAGAUGGGAAAUGAUGAACUUUGUGAAUCACCUGAAGUUAAUAUUCAAAGUUUUUUUAACUUGUUGCUUUGAGACUGAACCGGCCUGAAAGAGAAAAAGAGAAAAAAUUGACCUUUUUUUUGUUUUGAAAAAAUAUGAAUUUCAUAAGUUUGUGAAGUACUUAACAUCUUUCAAAUGGAAUAACUGGUUCACUGUAGUUUCAGUCACAAACUGGAUGUCUCCUGAACCUCUUCUUUCACUGAGUUUACAUUCAUACUUUCCUCAUCAGUACAAAUGAGACAUCUGCUCCUGAGACUCUUUGGACCAGUUAUUUCAGAUGACAGAUUUGAAAACAGAAUCAGAUUUUAUUUUCAAAAAGGUAAUAAUUAUAUUAUGAUUUAUUUAUGACUCAAAAAUAAACCCCAAUGUGUGAUCUAUGAGAGUGUGAGGGCGCUCUGAGAUGCCUUUGUUCAGUCUGAGGCGUGUAUAAAGUGAUGUUUCUUGUGGCUUUGAAGGUCUUGAAGAUGUUCUGUAGCUUGUGCAUGUAAAGCAGGAGACGGGGGGUUAAAACGUGACUGCCACAUGCUAGUUUGACAUGUUUAUGUGUCCCUGUGAGACACGCAAACAUGUAAACAUAAGCAUCAGUAGAACUCCCUCUUGUGUGGCAGGAGAAGUGUUACACUCGACUCUCUUCAGAAGCAAUGCACAUGCUCAGUCUGCCCCCUGCUGGGCUGAACAGAGAAGUGUAAGCAGACUGAUGAUGUUGCACUGUGAGGGUUAUGAGAGCACCUUUACAGUUUUUGAACAGAAUGUACAACACAAGAGUUUCUGAAUUUUUAUCCCCAAGUUUCUGAUUUAGUAAUGUUUGCAGAUAGAACUGAGGAUCAACAACAGCGACAACAAAAACAUUUCAGUCUCCAGUAAAAGCCAAAUACUGGAGUCAUGUUACUGACAAAAUGUGCUGCCAUGGAGUGUUGUGUCUCCUCAACUGAUCGUAGUUUCUCCCUUAUGUUUUCUGUUGUGUUCAGGACUCUGUUAACAUUAAAUUUUACUUGGUUGGAACUCAAA